AUGGGGGACAAGAAGAUGAAGAAGAGAGAGAAAAAAUCAUCCCCAAGAAAGGCGGCCGCCGGCGGCCGCCGGGACGUCAAGCCGGAAUCCGAACAUCCGAGCCUCCCAAUCACCGUCGGUGAAAAUGUCUGGCGACGGAAGGAGUUUAUACGCGUCAACAAUUCGGGAUCCGGCGUGGUCACCAAGUCAUGGAUUGUCCCAUCUUCCUCCCAUUGCAACCUUAAUCAGCCGCCGCGUAAACAUUCGUGGCCUCAGCUUGCCCUAAUCGACAUCCCUCCCGAAAUCCGAACAACCGACGUUCCCGGAAAAUACAGCCUCAAGGGUUUUUUCCAUCGACGCCAAGCGAAAUUGUAUUCUAGCGAUAAAUUUCUCUGGGGCACGCACUAUUACAGUCUCUGGACCCCGGACUACAGUCUGCGCGGUGACAGCAGUGUCCACUUCAGACGCUGCCUGAGCUCCGGCGGCGCUCAAUUCGUCAUAACCGGCCUUACUUCACCGGCUUUCGCAUUCCCUAAAGGAGUCGACGAAUAUUGGGUCGGCAAAUUCAGAUAUUACAGGCGUUAUGUGUCGAUAAUGAAGAACUGCACGGUUAUCGAGCCUUUCUCAACAAUCGAUCAUAAAUACAUGGAGUUCACAAACCUUACCGGGCACCAAGGGAAAUUCUACGCCAUUAGCCGGCAGGGCAGCCUCGCGAUUAUCGACAGGGAUGACUCGGGGGAUUACGAAAUUACCCGUUUGGGGAAAAACCGAGCCGUUCCUGGUAAGGCAUGCCGGCACUUUAGGGAGCAUUUGUUCGAGUACAAAGAUGGAAUCUUUUUGGUGUUUUUGCUGUCGAGGGCUUCGGUGGAUGUGGUGGAUGACGUGGAGGUUUUCGGGCUGGAUGAGUCGAGUAUGUGUUGGAAGAAAGUCGAGAAGCUUCCGGAUGAUACCGUGUUUUUUGUGGAGGACAAGUGUUGCUUGGGGGUCUCGGCGAGUUUAUUUGGGUGCAAAAGGGGGGAAAACUGCGUGUACUUUGCGUACGAGAGGGCCGAUACUUGGUUUUGUUUCGACAUGAAAACGAGCCGCAUUUCGGCUACAGAGGGACCCGUGGACGAUCUUGAUUAA